GCUGGAUAAAACUGUGAUGAUCCAGACCUUCAACGUUGAGGCACCAUGCCAGACUGUGGAAGAUUUAACGAAUGGGGUUGUGAUGGCCCAGGUUCUUCAAAAAAUAGAUCCAGCUUACUUUGAUGAAAACUGGUUAAACAGGAUCAAAACAGAAGUAGGAGAUAAUUGGAGGCUAAAGGUAAGCAACCUGAAGAAAAUUUUGAAAGGGAUAUUGGAUUACAACCAUGAGAUUUUAGGGCAACAGAUUAAUGACUUCACCCUUCCUGACGUUAACCUCAUUGGAGAGCACGCUGAUGCUGCGGAGCUUGGAAGAAUGCUUCAGCUCAUUUUGGGAUGUGCUGUAAAUUGUGAACAGAAGCAAGAGUACAUCCAGACCAUAAUGAUGAUGGAAGAAUCAGUUCAACAUGUUGUCAUGACAGCCAUUCAGGAGUUGAUGAGUAAAGAGUCUCCAGUCUCUGUUGGAAAUGAUGCUUACGUUGACCUUGAUCGUCAGCUGAAGAAAACUACAGAAGAAUUAAAUGAAGCACUAGCAACAAAAGAAGAAAUUGCCCAGAGAUGUCAUGAGUUAGAUAUGCAGGUUGCAGCCCUUCAAGAAGAGAAGAGCAGUUUACUUGCUGAGAACCAGGUCCUGAUGGAACGUCUGAACCAAUCUGAUUCCAUUGAAGAUCCCAACAGCCCUGCAGGUCGUAGGCACUUGCAGCUGCAGACCCAAUUAGAACAACUCCAAGAGGAAACAUUCAGAUUAGAAGCUGCCAAAGAUGACUAUCGAAUACGCUGUGAAGAACUAGAAAAGGAAAUUGCUGAAUUGAGACAACAGACAGAAGAGCUUACUACAUUGGCAGAGGAGGCUCAGUCCUUGAAGGACGAGAUAGAUGUACUCAGGCAUUCUUCUGAUAAAGUGGCCAAGUUAGAAAGUCAAGUAGAAUCGUACAAAAAGAAAUUGGAAGACCUGGGUGAUUUGCGGCGGCAAGUGAAACUCUUAGAAGAGAAGAAUACAGUGUACAUGCAAAACACUGUGAGCCUGGAGGAAGAACUAAGGAAGGCCAAUGCAGCACGUAGCCAGCUGGAGACAUACAAGAGACAGGCAGUUGAACUACAAAACAGAUUAUCUGAAGAAUCCAAGAAAGCUGAUAAAUUAGAUUAUGAAUGCAAACGGCUGAAAGAAAAAGUAGACAGCCUCCAAAAAGAAAAAGAUAGGUUAAGAACAGAAAGAGAUUCUUUGAAAGAAACUAUUGAAGAACUCCGAUGUGUACAAGCGCAGGAAGGUCAACUCACCACUUCAGGUUUGAUGUCCCUCGGAAGCCAGGAACCUUCAGACAGUUUAGCAGCAGAAAUUGUUACUCCUGAAAUCAAGGAGAAACUCAUUCGCCUUCAGCAUGAGAAUAAGAUGUUAAAGCUGAACCAGGAAGGUUCUGACAAUGAAAAGAUCGCCUUGUUGCAGAGCCUGCUUGAUGAUGCAAAUUUACGGAAGAAUGAACUGGAGACAGAGAACAGGUUGGUAAAUCAGAGACUUCUAGAAGUACAAUCCCAGGUUGAAGAACUACAAAAAUCUUUGCAGGAUCAAGGUUCAAAAGCUGAAGAUGCUAUUUCAGUUCUUCUGAAAAAGAAACUAGAAGAACAUCUUGAGAAGCUCCAUGAAGCUAACAAUGAGCUACAGAAGAAACGAGCUAUUAUUGAGGACUUGGAACCAAGAUGUAAUAACAGUUCACUGAAAAUUGAAGAGUUACAAGAAGCUUUGCGGAAAAAGGAGGAAGAAAUGAAGCAAAUGGAAGAGCGAUACAAAAAGUAUUUGGAAAAGGCCAAGAGCGUCAUCCGUACCUUAGAUCCUAAACAAAACCAAGGUGCAGCUCCUGAAAUUCAGGCUCUGAAAAAUCAAUUACAGGAACAGGACAGAUUGUUUCAUUCGUUAGAGAAAGAAUAUGAAAAAACAAAGAGUCAAAGAGAGAUGGAGGAGAAACUUAUCGUUAGUGCCUGGUACAAUAUGGGAAUGACUCUGCAUAAAAAAGCAGCGGAAGACAGACUGGCUAGUACAGGCUCGGGACAGUCCUUCUUGGCUAGACAAAGGCAAGCCACGAGCACAAGGAGAUCUUACCCGGGUCAUGUCCAGCCAGCAACGGCAAGUGAUGUGGUUGCAUGACCUGCAGCAUUAUUGUAACAGGGACUGUUCAGUGCAUGACUUGCUUUUCUGUCCAGACUGCAUAACCAAAACUUAACCUGUUCUACACUUAAGACUCACGGGCAUCUGGUUUCAAAGAGAGAGAUCCACUUGCAGAGAAACUUACAUCUUGGGGAGUGGCUUCCCCAUUUCCCAUCUCAAUUUUCUCUCUCGCGUCACAAAAAGUCUCCUAUGAGGCUAGAAGAGAGAAAAUCCAGUAUUCAGAAGUCCACAGAAGUCAUUCUGCAAACUGAAAGAGCGCUGUCAGCUCUACGUUUUACUUCUGUCCUGUCUGUCCACUUAACUUAAUUCUGAUUAACAGUAUUAACACACAGACUUCCUGCGACAUUUUCAUGUACUGAACUAUAAAAGUCUAGUUUCAGUGAGUUCAUGAAAGCACCUUUUGGUUACUGGAGCAAUUUUAAAGUAAACGUACCCUUAACGGAUCCACUUGGAAUCUUUAAUUAGAGCCGAGAAGGUGUUCUCACAGGAGAAAUGACUAAUGAAUCACUGCUUGGCCAGCCCAUCUUCCUUAGAAAACCAAGCAAGAUUCAUCUGAUAAUCUCCGAGCCAGGCAAACUAUUGAGCAGUAUUUUGUUCACAGACACUGCCUGCUUCCUUAUUAUGUAUAUACACAGUAGUUGGUGGCUGUCGUAUUUUUCUCUCUACAUUUUAGCUGUGUUGUCAGUUUCCUUCAGAGGCAUUUUUUCCAAUUCCUGUACAAUUGUUAAACAAUCUGAGGAAAGAACAUGGAUGGAGAUAACAAGUAUGAAAGCAGUCUACAAUUUCAGUAUUAUGCAUAUGGUCCUUGCCAGUUUAUAAUUUGGAUCGUUUAUCUUUUACCUGUACUAUUACCUUUUUUUUUUUUUUUUCCUCCUGAUCCCAGUCUUAGCUAUUUCAUUUCCAAUUGCACUAGCAUGGCUGUUUCUUUGUAUUAUGAAGUUUUGCUAUAAGAUUUUGCCGUAUGUAGACAGUGUAACUCAAAAUGCUUUGUGCUGCCUAUAUUAAUUUUAAAAGCUGCUUAUUUAAUAUUCUUAAAUAUCUGCACAUUUGUACUACUACUGUAUUUUCAUUUUGUGUUGGACCUCCAGCACCGGCAGGAUUCAAAGAUGAGCGGGUGCUGUUGUGUUCUGGGGAUAGACAUUUAUUGUAUAGGAGUUAGUCUGUAACAUAUAGGGGAGGGGGCUUUUAAGCCGUAGGACUUGCCAAAAAAUCUGAAAAGAAUGAAUGAAUGAUGAGUACUUUAUGUUGUUUGGUUUAAGUCCGAUUCUAGAGAAACCCUAUUCUUGCUCACUUGGACCUCAGUCCUGCAAAAAUAUAAACAUGUCUUUACCCUGCUUACUGCAAUAAUAGUUUUGUGUGUUUGGGCCCGCAGCUGUAACCAUGACCCCUGUUUUUCACGUGAGCACCCCCACGCUGGAGAAGUAUUGUGUUUUCACGGGAAGGUGUGUGCCCCGUGCUGAGGGGAAGGGCUGGUGAGAACCAGGCUCCAGGCUGACUGUGCAGGGGAUGAGCGUUAAGAUCCCAAGAGAGGUUGAAGCUUGAGGCUUGCUCUCUCCUGGGUGAGUAGAGACAGACUGAGGAGCCUGUGGCUGCCAGAAGCUCUUUGGCCAAGAGCAGUCUGGGAAUGCUCCCUGCUGUUUAGGAGAUGGGGACAUGUCUGUCUUGGUCCACCAGGAUCCAGGACUAGUGAAGUCUGACUUGACCCGUAGGAAGUACCAAGCAGGGACGUGCCAAGGGUUCCCGCAGCAGAGGUGGGAGCACCUUGAUCAGACCGAGUCCUGUGGAGAGCUAAAGGAUUUGGAUCUUUUCAGGUCGUAGCCGUAGAUCUCUUAUUAAGCCUUAGGGCAAGCUGUGGUAGCAAAACUUCUCUUUUUGUUGGGUACUAAGGGCAUGGUUUGCAUCACGUUUGCAAGUGCUGCUGCAGCUGGGACCACGUGCCUUCCCCAGGCCUCGCAGUUGCAGGACUUCUGAAGCUGGUAUUUCUGUGCGUGGUGGAUGGGUGGCUGGCUUUGCUGUGCCUGUCUGGAUGGGUGUCCCGAGGCGAAGUGGAGCUCGUUUCUCCCAGUGGUCUGUGCAUAUUAGAAACUACGUAUCAGUUGUUCUUGAACCUGAAGUCAUUUAUUUGUAAGUGUGUUUAGCUUGACAAAAAUUAUCGGCAGAGAAAUGCCAGAUGGAGCCAGUAACUUUCAGUAAAUGAGCUGGCUGUUUUAAUUAGAUUUGCCUAGCAUCUCUGUCAUGAAGUUUUUGCCAGCUCCCAACUCAGAAGUGAUCUCCAGCAUGUCUGAUAUACUAACUUCAUUUGUGCUGCAUAGAAGACUUCUUUUACUUUCUUAAUAGCAGCUUGUUUGACAGUCCUGAAUUAAGUGUUGACCAAUUAUCAAAGUAACUGUUUGUGAAAUUACCGGUGAUAUAUUUUUUUUCAGGUAAGAGAAUGGAUUCCUAGAGCGUCAAAACAUUAAUUUCCCAUUUCCGUUCACCUAUGAAUUCUGUAACUACCAGAUUGUCAUGGUAGCAGUAUUAAUAUAUACAUACCUGUAUAUAGACAAAAAAUUCUCAGUAAUGAUCAUUAGAAUUAAAACAUUUAAUAUUUUUCCCAGUGAAAUACACUAAUGCUUCCAGGGUUACAGAAGAGUGUACAGUUGUUAAACAAGUUGUAAAUA